CCGCCGCCUCCGAGCGGCCCUCCGGCCUUCCCCCGGAGGAGGCCGCCCCAGGAUGGCCGAAGAGGGGGCCGCCCAACUGCCCCGGGAGCUGCUCGAAAGCAUAAAGGAUGUCCUUGGCCGGAAGAUUAAAAUUGCGGUGAAGAAGAAAGUGAAACUAGAAAUCAAGGGAGACAAAGUGGAAAACAAAAUCCUGGUGCUUACGUCAUGCCGGGCCUUCCUCGUCGCGGCUCGAAUCCCCACCAAGCUAGAGCUGACCUUCAGCUACCUGGAAAUCCAGGGGGUGACCUGCACAAAGCCCGGCCAGUUGGCUGUGGAGACGGAAAAGGGCAGCAUCUCCAUGAAGAUGGCCUCCUGCGAGGACGUGAACGAAGCGGUGGGCUACAUCGGCGGCUGCCUGAGGAAGAUAUUCCCCGGCCACUCUCCCCUGAAAAUCCUGAAAAAGGUUUCCAUGGAGCCGGCUGACCGACUGGCCGCUCUCCAGAGCCUGUGGGAUAGCCAGACCGUGGCCGAGCUGAGCCCCUGCGGGGGGUUCUCCCAGAUGUACGCCUGCGUCUGCGACUGGCUCGGAUUUCCCUACAGGGAAGAAGUGCAGUGGGAUGUAGACACGAUCUACCUGACGCAGGACACCCGUGAGUUGAACCUUCAGGACUUCAGCCAUCUUGACCUCAGGGACUUGAUCCCCAUAGUUGCGGCCCUGGAGUAUAACCAGUGGUUCACCAAACUGUCUUCCAAGGACCUGAAGCUGUCCACUGAUGUGUGCGAACAGAUCCUGAGAGUGGUGAGCAGGUCGAAUCGCCUGGAAGAACUGGUGCUGGAAAAUGCCGGGCUGCGAAUAGAUUUUGCCCAGAAACUGGCCAGCGCGCUCGCUCACAAUCCGAACUCGGGACUUCAUACGAUUAACCUUGCUAGCAACCCACUGGAGGACAGAGGUGUUUCCUAUCUAAGUAUCCAUUUCGCCAAGCUCCCAAAGGGCCUGAAGCACUUGAAUUUAUCGAAAACCUCAUUGUCACCUAAAGGAGUGAAUAAUCUUUCCCAGUCACUCGGUGCCAACCAGCUAAUCGCCACCACCCUCGCCCACCUGGACCUCUCCGGAAAUGCCCUUCGCGGGGAUGACUUCUCGUACCUGUGCAGUUUUUUGGCCCAGCCCAACGCCAUCACUCACCUGGAUUUAUCCAGCACCGAGUGUGCCCUGGACACGGUGUGCAGCGCUCUCCUCCGCGGAUGCCUCCAACACCUCGCCAUCCUCAACCUCUCCCGAACGGUCUUCUCUCACCGGAAAGGGAAGGAAGUCCCCCUGUCCUUCAAGCAGUUCUUCAGCAGCUCGCUCGCCUUGAGGCACAUCAACUUGGCCGGCACCCGACUGGCUCCGGAGCCUCUGAAAGCGCUCUUACUGGGCCUGGCCUGCAAUCAUCAUCUGAAGGAGGUGUCACUUGAUCUCAGCAAUUGUGAGCUUGGCCACUGUCUGCGCUCAGGAGGGGCCCAGGUCCUGGAAGGCUGCAUCGCCGAGAUCCACAACAUCACUAGCCUCGACAUUUCCGACAACGGCCUGGAAGGCGACCUGUGUCCGCUUAUUGUCUGGCUAAGUAAAAACCGUUCCAUCCGGCACCUGGCUUUAGGCAAGAACUUUAGCAACAUGAAAUCCAAAAAUCUCAUCCCCGUGUUGGAUAGCUUGGUCCAGAUGAUCCAGGAUGAAGAAUCUCCCCUACAGUCCCUGUCCCUCGCCGACUCCAAGCUCAAGACCGACGUCACCAUCAUCAUCAACGCGCUGGGCAGCAACUCCUCCCUCACCAAAGUGGACAUCAGUGGGAACGGCAUGGGAGACAUGGGAGCCAAGAUGCUGGCGAAGGCCCUGCAGAUCAACACCAAACUCAGGACGGUGAUCUGGGAUAAGAACAACAUCACGGCCCAGGGCUUCCAGGAUAUCGCUGUGGCUUUGGAAAAAAACUACACGCUGCGCUUCAUGCCCAUCCCUAUGUACGAUGCUUCCCAGGCGCUGAAGACGAACCCCGAGAAGACUGAGGAGGCCUUGCAGAAGAUAGAAAACUACCUGCUCCGGAACCACGAGACUAGGAAAUACCUACAGGAGCAGGCGUACCGGCUACAGCAGGGCAUCGUCACCAGUACCACCCAGCAGAUGAUCGACCGGAUAUGUGUGAAAGUCCAAGACCAUCUCAACUCCUUAAGAAACAGCGGCGGGGAUACGGUCCAGGAGGACCUGAAGACAGCAGAGAGACUCAUGCGUGAUGCCAAAAACUCCAAGACGCUGUUGCCAACUCUGUACCACGCCGGCGGGGUAUCGUGGGCCGGCUCCAACGGGUUGUUGUCCAGCCCCAUCCAGGAGAAGUUGGAGUCCAUGGCCGGCGAGGUCACCAGGGUCGUGGACGAGCAGCUGAAGGAGCUACUGGAGUCCAUGGUCGACGCCGCGGAAACGCUCUGCCCCAACGUCCUGGAGAAAGCCCAGGUGCGCCGGGACCUGAUCGGCGCCAGCACCGGGAAGAUUUCCAUCCCUCAGGCCUUCGUGAAGAGCGUUUUGCUGGAGCAGUCUGGCAUCGAUAUCCUCAACAAGAUCAGUGAGGUGAAGCUGACUGUGGCCUCUUUCCUCUCCGACCGCAUCGUGGAUGAGAUCUUGGAUGCUCUUUCGAACUGCCAUCAUAAGCUGGCUGACCACUUGACCCGGCGAGGCAAACCCCUUCCUCACCAAGAGUCCUUGGAGGUUGAAUUGGCCGAGGAAAAGCCAGCUAAACGCUCCGUCAUACCGGUGGACAAGCUGACCGAGAUCGAGCGGCUGGAGGACUUGGACACUUGUAUGAUGACUCCCAAGUCGAAAAGGAAAAGCAUCCACAGUCGAAUGCUCCGGCCAGUGUCCAGGGCCUUCGAAAUGGAGUUCGACCUGGACAAGGCGCUGGAGGAAGUGCCGAUUCACAUAGAAGACCCUCCCUUCCCUUCCGUCAGGGCGGAGAAAAGGGCUUCCGGGUUCAUCUCCGAGCUGCCCUCGGAAGAGGGGAGGAAACUGGAACACUUCACCAAACUGCGGCCCAAGAGGAAUAAGAAACAGCAGCCCAGCCAGGCCGCGGUGUGCGCUGCCGCUUCAGCCCCGCAGGACGGUGACCAGAACGGUCUCAUGGGAAGAGUGGAUGAAGGCGUGGAUGAAUUCUUCACCAAAAAAGUCACCAAGAUGGAUUCAAAGCGGUCGUCGAAGGGCCCCGAGUCCCACGAGCCCGGCGAAGGCGGAGACGACAAGAAGAAGCGGGAUUCUCGGAAGAGCGGCUUCCUCAACCUCAUCAAGUCACGCUCGAAGGCGGAGCGGCCUCCGUCGGCGGCGUCGGCAGCGGUGGAGGAGCCCCCGUCCCCCAGGGCGAUGGGCCGGGCCCCCGCCGGGGACGCGGUGAUGGCCGGGAAGGAGCCCGACGGGAGCGUCGAGGGCCCCGACGAGGCGGGGACCCCGGACCCGCCCGAGGAGGCCGCCGCCGCCACGGAAGAGGCGGCCAAGGGGGACCACGGCGACGGCGGCAAGGGCAGCCCGCAGGCCGGGCGGCGCUACGGAGUGCAGGUCAUGGGCAGCGGGCUGCUGGCCGAGAUGAGAGCCAAGCAGGAGAAAAGGGCGGCCUUCGCCCAGAAGAAGCUCGGCAGCGACUCGGGUUCUGCAGACGGAGGCGUCUCACCGGCGAGCGGGGCGGAGCGGGCCGAUGGGAGUCGGGCAGGAUCUAAGCCGGCCCCAGGCCCGCCCGAGAACCGCUCGGCCCCAUCCAGGCCGGACUCCACCGCGGGAUCGGCGGAGAAAUCCGUCAAAGCGGACCCGAGGGCGGAAGCGGGGAUGCGAUCUCGGAGUUCCAGCAGCAUCCCGACCAGCCCCAAGCCCGCGCUGCAGUCGCCCAAGCCCGGCCCUGGCAGCCGGCCGGCUGUCCCGCAAAAGCCCAGGACCACGUCCCGCCCCGACAAUGCUGCAGAUUCUCCCUCGGGCCCCAGUUCCCCCAAAGUCGCUCUCCUGCCACCCGGGCUCAAGAAAGGUCCUUCAGACAAGGAGCGAGAUGGUCAGAGCAGUCCUCAGCCCGCGCCCAGGACCUUCUCCCAGGAAGCCCUGAGGAGAAGUCCGGUUCAGCCUUCCCCCGAGCACCCGGAACAGAAGUCGGCCUUCUCGGGCAGGGAUGCCCAGCUGGGCAGCAAGUCCAGCGACUCCGGAGAAGAGGCCGACAAAGAAUUUAUUUUCGUUUAAACGAGUCCCCGUGCGGACUGGCCUCGGUUUCUCCUGUCCAGCCCCAGGACAGUCGUGGUCACUCCCUCCCCAGGGGCCCCAGCGGGUGGCCCUGCUCCUCUCCCUCCCUCCAGCACCCAAGGGGCCAGGACGGGCUUGGGUGGCGGGGAGGGAGCCCGUCGAAUGUAAAUGAGUCGGAUCUGCACGAGGCCGGAGAGAAAUCUAUUCUUGUUGAAUGCAAUUGCACACUGUAAUUAUAUUAACAGAGCACACUAAUGAAUAAUUUGUAUAAAUUAUACAGACUAGUUGCUUGGGUAUGGUUUUUACAUGCUCCCCUGGAGAAUUAUUUUUUCAUCCCGUGACCGAGCUGUAUGUAGACUUCAGGCGGCUCCACACUUCCAGCAAGCACAUCCCGGAACCGGCACCUGUUAACGUGUGUGUGGAGACACGCAACUCGCACAUACACGCACAUACGUGAUCACCAGCGCGCCGCCGUGGCCGCGGGUCCAGCCGCAUCAUGGCUGGACGGGACAGCCGAGCGCUUCUAAGACCGUCCGGGCAUCUGGGGUCCUGUCGGCAUAUCAGCUUUUAAUGUGGGAUUCGGAGAGAGAGGAAUACUUGGAAUACCCCUUUAUAACAGGUGAAACAUUCCUGCCGACUUUCUGCCUGGUUCUGUCAGACACUCAUUCCCAUUGCAGGUGGCGGGAAUUUUAUCCAUAUGUAUAUUUGUACCAAUAAAUUGAUUUUACAAGGGGAA